AAAGAGUGAUAAUGUAAAAGGUGAGGGUGACCAGUGAACACAAUACAGGGCAGCAUCGCCAUGGGAUUGAGUAUUCUGAGAAGCACUUCCAUUUCCACUCCUAUCUCUUCCUCCAAAUCCAAACCCAUUUUCUCAACUCUUGUUCGUUCAUCUUUCGCCUCCAUUUCCCCCACAAAGUGUGUUACUCCCACCACUCUUUUCGUUUCUGCCACCCCCUUCUUCACCGCCUCACCCAAGCGCGGCUUUCGUGGUGGGAUUGUGGCCAUGGCCGCCGCUGGCUCGCUCCGCAAAUCAGAGGAAGAGUGGCGCGCAGUUCUCUCCCCUGAACAGUUUCGUAUUCUCAGGCAAAAGGGCACCGAGUUCCCUGGAACAGGAGAGUAUGACAAGUUCUUUGAUGAGGGAGUUUACAACUGUGCUGGUUGUGGGACACCUCUCUACAGGUCCUUAACAAAAUUCAAUUCUGGUUGUGGCUGGCCAGCCUUCUAUGAGGGGAUUCCUGGAGCCAUAAAUCGCAAUCCGGACCCUGAUGGGAUGAGGACAGAAAUAACGUGUGCUGCUUGUGGGGGACAUCUAGGUCACGUCUUUAAAGGAGAAGGAUUUCCAACGCCCACUAACGAACGCCAUUGUGUCAAUAGCAUUUCACUGAAAUUUGCGCCAGCCAAUUCUUAAUAAAAAUUGAGUCUGCUGUUCGGACGUGACUGCUUAAGUACCCAACAUUAGUAAAAAAAAAUUAUGCAAUGUACUUAUAUUAUGAAUGAAGUUCAUAUAAUGAUGGCUAAAUACCAAUUUUAAUUAAAGAGUUAUGUUGAUGAUUUAUGUUCCCUUCUUCACUUGGUGCUAGAGUCUACUAUGUUCAUUUGUGCUUGUUUUUCGUACUUGGAUGUUUAUAUAUAUGGUGUAGAUUGAAGGUGAUAA